UCCCAAUUUUGCACGAACCAUGGCAAGUCCAAUGAGAAUCAACAGCACUGGUUUCAUUCUACAUAGCACUAGUGACGCGUGAACCACGAUCCCCGAGAACAUAAACCUUUUGUUGUGUGGGAUUUCUAAUUUUGCACACGAACCAUGACAAGUCCAAUGAGAAUCAACACAAUGGUUUCAUUCUACAUAGUACUAGUGACGCGUGAACCGAUGCCAGAAGCAUUCUGUUCAGUGUGGGGAGACUUUCACCGCUUGUUAGAAGCACUGAGAGGUUACUUGUUACAAAAAUGUGAAUAUUACAAAAUCUUGCAAUCAAGAGAUGCAGAGUGUCCAUACAUGCUUAUCUGAAAAACCAAUUACAUCUUAAAGGAUCUCAAUUUUGAUGCACUGCACCCCAGUGACCAUGAUGGCUGCAAAAAACCCUAAGAGGAAGUGUCGACGAUAUUCAGAAGAAUAUUUAAAACUCGGUUUUGUGCCUUCACUUACAAAUGAAACAUUCCCCAUGUGUCUUGUAUGCGAAAAAGUUUUUAGUAAUGAUGCUAUGAAGCCAUCAAAGAUGAAAGAUCACCUAGUAAGGGUUCACCCAGACAAGACAGACAAAGACAUUGAUUUCUUUAGAGCACUGAAAGACAAACUAGAGAUUCGAACAGGAGUCGUCUCACUUAUUCCACAACCUGCUCAACCUGAUAAUGAAAAAGGACUUAGAGCAUCAUACAACAUAUCACUCAUUAUAGCAAAAAGUGGACAACCAUAUUCCACUGCUGAGGAGAUCAUAGUUCCUUCAAUUAAAGAAGUAAUUGACAAUCUUAUGAAUAAAGACUCUAGCAGUGUUCUGAAAUGCUUGUCUUUGAGUUCAAAUGCAGUACGACAGUGCAUCGAUGAAAUGGCUGCAGAUGUUGAAAAAAGCUUGAUUUCAGAGCUUCAGAGUAGUAGAUUUUCCAUCCAACUUGAUCAAUCAACAUUCAGAGAUGAGAAUAUUCUAAUGGUUUACGUGAGAUAUUUCAGCCAAUUACAAAAAACCAUUAUCGAUGAGUUUUUGUUCGCAAAACAUAUUGUAGCUGAUGUAAAAGUAGAGACCAUUUUUCGAUGCUUGGAAGAGCAUUUGCAAAAACACAAUAUACCACUAAAAAAUAUUACUGUAGUUUCAACUGAUGGCACACUACCUAUGUCGAGUCAUCACAGAGGACUCACUACCUUACUUAAGGAAAGGAUUCCUGAUGUGCGUACUAUCCACCUUAUGUUACACAGACAACAUCUUGUGGCAAAAGAACUCAGUGAAGAACUGCAUGACGCAUUAAGAGUAUGCAUUAGUGCUAUAAAUAAAAUUAAAGAUAAUCCAUUCAAUUCUGGAUUAAUUUCAAUGUUGUAUGAAAGAAAUGAUGAAACAAUGAACUACCUACUUCUGCAUACAGACACAAGGUGGCUAUCAAGAGGCAACAUCUUACAAAGACUUGUAGAAUUGUAUGAAAUGACUGUUAAUUUUCUCACAUCCACAGAUCCAGACUUAAGUCAUCAGUUGCAAAAGUGUAAAAAUCAUCUGUAUUAUUUAGCUGACCUAUUCUCACAUCUGAAUGAUGUACAGAUGCGUCUGCAGGGUAGGGAUGUUACGAUUAUUCAAGCUCGCACUAUCCUGCUAGGUUUCCAGAUCAAAUUAGGCCUGUUUAAAUCUUCUUUGGCACGGAGAAAUUUUCAAUAUUGUCCAAAUUUACAAGAACUGGAAACAGGAGGUGAAACCCUUUCUGACGAUGACUUGACAAUAUAUAUGACCCACUUAGAAAAAUUGUAUGAAGACUUUAACAGCCGUUUUGAAGACUUAGAAAAAAUUGAGAUUCCAGACUGGAUUGUUGCACCUUUUGAUAUACUUAAUGGAAAUCCCUUUGACUAUGACUUACAAGAGGAAGUCAUUCAUAUGUUUGUGGAUCUGGAAGCUAAAUCACUCUUCAAAAACAACAGCACUGGUUUAUUUUGGACCAAUGUUAAUAUUAUCAAUAAGUACCCCAAACUUUCUGGAAAAGUAUUACCUUUCUUACUUUCCUUUCCCAGUUCCUAUAUAACUGAAGCUGGCUUUAUCCAUCUUAGUACACUCAUGACAAGAGAAAGAAAUGAAGUUAAUCUGGAAAAAUGUGGAGAAUUGCGACUGAAGCUUACCAGUCUGACAACAAAUAUCAAUACCAUUCUCAAACAUCAUCAAGCAAACCCAUCCUAUUAAUACCAAAAUUAUCUCACUUUUACAUACUACAACAGCCCCUCGACUUAGAAGCUUCAGAGGUCUGGCUUUCUGAUAAGUAACAUAAGACACUAUAAUAUAGCCUAGAUUCAAGCAUUUCAAGGUACCUGUAUCCCAGUUACCCUCAUAGAAUUUAAAUAACACUUCAAGUUACAGCCAGCCUAUAUCUGAACUAUACAAUAAUUCAAUUUAAGUCAUCUGCAAAAUGCAUCACAAUUAUAAGGUAGCCUAAAAAAUAUAUUAAAGUAGCAGAUAACCAAAGUGUAACCAGACCAAAAUGCUUAAAUUUUCAAUUUUCUUAGUACAGUACAGUCCAAUACACUAUUAUUAAUGUCAAAGCUAUAUUGUUGAAUUAAACA